AUGAAUUGCUGUCCAGUUUGUAAUGGUCCGAAAAUUGAGAAUCAUUUUGGUGCCGCAGUUUGUCGAUCAUGUUCCGCAUUUUUCAGAAGAUUUGUAUUAUCAAGAAAAAAAUCCAUCGAAUGCACAGGAAACAAAACUUGUAUCAUAGAUCACAGUAAGUUAUAAUUGAGACGUGACAAUUCGAAACUCAAUAAUUAUCUUAUUUCAGAAAUCAAAAAAUUUUGUCGGUCUUGUCGAAUGAUGAAAUGUGUUGAGAGUGGAAUGAUUGCCACAAGAAUAAAUGAACCAAUUGUCUCAAAAAACACCGAUAAAAUAAAUAGCCUAGUUAGCAAUUAUCCACGACUUAUGGAAGAAAGACAAAUUGCUUAUGGGAACUCAGUAAGCUUUGAUUUUUUGAAAUAGUUUUUUUUGUGAGAAACAUCAAUUCAUUAUUCAGGAUCAUGCACAACGUUUGAAUAUUGGAGAUGCGACAAUAAUAAUGGAAGCUGAUUAUAAAUUAACAAUGAGACAUUUAGACAGGUCAUUGAAAGAGUUCAAAAAUUUAUCAAAAUCAAACAAAGACGCAUUAUUUGUUCAGUUUUAUAGUAGAUGUAUUGGAGCCGAAAGUUUUUAUCAUACUUUGAAAGAUGGAGAUAUGAAUGAGACAUAUAUGAAUACGGGGGAUAGUAUUUUACCGUGUGAAACAUUUUUCUGUGGAAAGAAAAAACAUCCGAAAUUAACGGAUAAAGAAAUUGGACAAAUGUUUAAACCAUUUUGGGAAAUGACAACAUUACAAGUUAAGCAACCUUUGGCUCAUUUGAAAUUAGACACUUUUGAAUUUGCUUCCUUGGUUGGAUUGAUGUUAUUUGAUGGAAGUUAUAUGGGAAUUGAUGAUUAUUGUGUUGAAAUGUGUUAUCAAAUAAGAAAUAUUAUAUUUCGUGAAAUCUGCGCUUAUCAUCGUGAGAAAAAUGAAUAUGCAGAUCCAGCUGUAAGACUCGCUGAAAUUGUUAGCGCAUUAACACUAAUGGAGGUGAGUGUUAUGUCGAAAGAAAUGAAUAACGGAUGUGUUCAGAAAGCAAAAUACAAUUUACAACAACAAUUACAACUUUGUUGUCUUCACAAACUCGAUCACAAUGAGCAAAUUUGUUUGAUUUUCAAUGCGUUUUCCUAA